AGGCGGGACCAUGGUGACCGGGAACGGAAGAGCGGAGAGCCGCCAGCCCGUUCGUUAUCGGGGGGAGGGGAAAGUGGGGCCCAAAACCGGAGAGAACGAAGAGGGGUUAAACUGAAGAGUGAGGAGUCUCCAAUUCGGGAUGGCCAUGGAUACUCGGUUCACCAGGGGCAAGUCUGUCAUCCUGGAGCGAUCGAUCACUCGCCCCAAGUCUGAGGUCAGCCUGAGCGCCUUUGCCCUGCUGUUCUCGGAGAUCGUCCAAUACUGUCAGAACCGCGUCUACUCUGUAUCAGAGCUACAGAACAAGCUGUCGGAGCUAGGCCAGCAGGUGGGGGUGCGGAUCCUGGACGUGCUGGUAAUGCGAGAAAAGAACGGCAAGCGGGAGACCAAGGUCAUUAACGUGCUGCUCUUUAUCAAGGUCAAUGUGUGGAAAGCCUUGUUCGGCAAGGAGGCAGACAAGCUGGAGCAAGCCAACGAUGAUGACAAGACCUAUUACAUCAUUGAGAAAGAGCCACUCAUCAAUGCCUACAUCUCGGUGCCCAAGGAGAACAGCACACUCAACUGUGCCUCCUUCACAGCAGGCAUUGUAGAGGCCAUCCUCUCUUACAGUGGAUUCCCCGCCAAGGUGACGGCUCACUGGCACAAGGGCACUACCCUGAUGAUCAAGUUUGACGAGUCCGUCAUUGCACGCGACAAAACUUUGGAUGGACGAUAAGAUGAACAGUUUAUGGCCGUCACUCUAAACGCCUGGAUGCACCCCCUCUAUCGCACUUCUCACUGAUGAUCUACCCAAAGAUGUCAAGACCAUGACUAUGUGCAGUGUUAAGAUAACUUUGUCACUACCUGCCCAACUCUUUCCCCAACUGAGGACUGUUGAUCGUUCCAACAUUUUGUUGUUUAUCUGUAUCCCAAUUUCUGCUUGUACCAGGUUUUUGGUGUUCCUGGACUUUAAUGCUUUAGGAGAUAUGAAUAAGGAUUUGCAAUCUGGUACAUCUGUUGUAUGUGGAAAUUAGCAAUGCAUAUUAAAACAAUUACAAAAUCCCAUUUUGCUGUGUUGGUGCUGACACACUCUCCGGUUUGUAGCCAUUGGUUAUGAGAGUUUUGCCAGAGCUCAUUGUGAUCCUUACAGAGUAGGGUCCCCUAGAACGAUUUAGAAACUCGUUCUCUGUAGUUAGGAUAACGUACUCUGUGCGAUUGUCAGCCUGUAUGUUGGAAACCACUCAAUUAUAACUGUUUUUGAAAGAACUUCACGAA